UCCCCAACUCGCCCCCCCUAAAAUCCCUUAUUUCCCACAUCCAAGAAAGAAACCAGAAGGUUAUUCAACUCUAGGGAAAAUCAAAAUCAAAGAACCCAGAACCAGGAAACCAAGGAAACGAUGAGAACUGUGAUUUAUGGGACGGUUGAAUUAGCAACUGCAGAUUUUGUUUUGAUAUAUGAGAACUGAGGGUUAUGAUUCGUUCUAAAAUAUUUGCAUCACUGACACCUUCAAGAAAAGGGCAUUCACAUAUGGGAUGGUAAUGCAUCCAGGGACUUUCUUGAUAGCAUUGGGUUGACUAGAAGGGAGGAGGGUGACUUGGGACCCGUAUAUGGGUUCCAAUGGAGGCAUUUUGGUGCUAGGUAUACUGACAUGCUCCUCGGCUCGUUGGGGAGAAGUUUGGCUCACUGGCAUCAACCUAAAAAAUAUGAUGUCUAAGACUCCAAGGAUGGGUAACAGAGUUGCAAGAAAUGAAAGCAGAUUGGUAUGCUUGCUUAGACAACAGAGUUGAAUUCAAGGGGUGCUUCUUUCGACAAUUUUUCAGGUCUGUUGGGAGGGUUGACUACUUGACAUUGCGGAAUGGAUUCAUCAACGUUCAUUUAGCUCCUGGAAGUAAGUUCAACUUCCAAAAGUAUAUCAAAAGAUCAUUAGAGGAUGACUUCAAGAUCGUCGUAGGAGUAAGUCCAGUGCUCUGGGCAUCAUUUAUGGUCUACUUGCUGCUAAAUGUCAGAGGUUGGCAUGCACUAUUUUGGGCAUCAUGCUAAAUCAUUUUAAAAGAAAUAUUUCUCAGACGUGUUCUCCAUAAUCCAUUCUCUGUAUCAUUUACUACAACAGAAAGUGAAAUGAAGGGGCUUAUAUUGUCUCGAA